AUGAAGAAGAUCUUCAAGGGCCAUUUGCCCUGGGGCUUCCUGGGCUUUAGACAUGCCAAUGCUGAGAACCAAGAAUGGCACAGGUACCUCACUGGCUACACACCUGUGAAAAAGAUACACAAAGCUGCGAGCAUGGGAGACAUAACCCAAGUGCAGAAGAUGCUCGAAUUUGGGGAUGUGAACGUGAACAUUACAGACAGGAAGAAAAGGACUGCUCUGCACUACGCCUGCGCUCAUGGCCAGGCUGAAAUGGCGACCCUCUUGCUAUGGUAUGAAUGCAACAUUGAAGCCCGAGACAGCGACGAAAGUACAGCUCUGAUCAAGGCAGCACAGCGCAGGCACGAGGAAUGUGUAAAGGUUCUCCUGAAAAACGGUGCCAACUCAAAUGCCAUUGAUGCAAAUCAAAACACCGCUCUCCACUAUGCGGUCCACAACAACAGCGCCUCCAUAGCCUCCACACUUCUGGAGUUCAGAGCAAACACUGAAAUUAAGGCAAAGAAUGGCUACACACCGCUUAUACUGGCCGUGCUGGAAAACAAAUUGGAGAUGGUGGAGCUGUUGUUACGGGCCGCAUCCAAUAUAAACGCCGUGGAUAACUUCAAGAGGUCUGCCCUCAUCCACGCUGUGAGAGCUCAGUCUAAGGACAUGAUCAGCCUUCUUCUCCAGCAGGGUGCUGAUGUGUCGUUGGUGGACGUCUACGGAGCAACGGCACAGAGUUACACUGUUUUUGAAACCUUUCAAGUGCUUUCCAAAGGCCCCAGUUCUACAACAAGAGAGGACAGAUAUAAUUCUGAUGCCAAGAAACAGCUCUCCUCAGUGGCUGAAGCAAGUGUGGGUGCUAUAGUAGAGACUGAACAGCAGGCUCAUGUGAGGUUUGGGGGGCUGCAGAUUUUAGUCCUCCCCAAGUCAUUAAUGAGAGGAAUUGCUAAAGUUCUCAGCCUGUUGAAGCACAAUGUGGUUGUCUCAUCAGAAGGGAACACUCUGGAGACCAGGCUACCACCACCAGGGCCAAUGUGUUACCAACUGCGGCAAACCACAGCAGGCAAGGGGGUGGCCACCCUUGAGGAACAGGAUGAAUGCUUAUCCUGUGCACACUCCACCCAGGACGGGGAAAGGAUGGUGCAAUCACCAGCGAAGGAAGAGGGAAACAGAGACGCAGCCGACAAGCUGGGGAGAGGUCAGAUAAGGCUGCAGGAAGAGUCUCCGGUCUUCUUUGAAACAACACCCUUCAGUCUCAGGUGCUGGAAAGGCCCCAUUGUGCCCUUCUCCAAGGCAGCUGCCAAAUUUGGUUUCUCAAAUGAUGUGUUGUCCAUGGCAAUGAACCUCUCCCAGGACACUUGCCUGAUUGUUGUGGAGAUGAAGCGUCGUUCUGAGAGGCCAGAAGAGGGCGCCAGAGUCCCCGGAACGGGAAUUACAGAUGGCUCUAAACUGCCAAGUGGGUUCUGGAAACAGGAGUCAGGUCCUCUGGAGGAGACUCAGGGCUCUCAACUACUGAGCCACUCCCUGGCUCCAAAGCAGAUACAUGUCCUGCAUGCUACUCUAAAGCAAGCAAAUAAUACCCAUGCAUUACCUGGGUCAGGGGCAUGGAAAGGAAGCAAGCAUGCCCCCGGCAAUGCUGAAGCCUGCAUGGGCAGCGCAUAUAUAUUGGUUUCAUGGUCUGAGUUGAUGAGGAUGACUGACCAGGUCUUUCCCCUCAAGGAGCAGGUUCCACCGAGACACGAACUCAGAUCGCUGGAUUCAGAGUCCAGAGCACUAACCAUUACACCACAGGAGCUGGUGCACAGGGGCAUGAACCUCGCCCCCACACCUAGAACUUCCAAGCCCACAACAGAAGAAGACGAAAAUAGCGUCAGCUCCAAGAGUCCAGUGGUCCCGUCACCCCUGCUCACUGAAUCCAGCCUCUGGAUUGGGUAUCCAAAAGAUUGGCCUGAACCCAUGAAGUUUUCCAGGCAACCAGCAGUCUACAACCCAAUCGAAUGGAGGGAAGACAUGGAAUCCCGGUCUGUUCCUCUGGACAAAAACAAACAGCCCAUGGUAGUCUUUUUAGGAAAUGAGGCAAAUGUACAGACACACAAGCAGCCAGCCAGGGUUUUCGAGGAACCUGAUGCUAAUGAUUCUGAUCCUACAGAAAAGGAGAAUGCUAAGGAUGAACUCGUAUCACUUAUAACUCCUCUGGAGGAAAACAAACCACAGAUAAAAGAAUUUUCAGUAACUGAAGCUGUCAAGCUAGAGAGGUGGGGUGAGGCAGUUCUAAAGAGCCAGAACUCAUUCUUUACUACAUAUUUUCCUUCCGAAGGCUCCCCACCAAAGCAGACCCUGGUGACCCUGAGGCCACAGCAGGAAGGAAACAGUGUGGUUUUCAAACAGAGAAAGAUGUGUGGAAUGUGCAGUGACCACUUAAGAGUCACAGUGUGUUCUAAGAGGUCAGUAUCUGUCAUCAAAGAACGAAAGCAAGAUGAGCAACAGAAUCUACAAACCUCUCUCUGGAAAGCACCUAAACUCAGCUCCAAAUGGGUUGAGGACCCCAACUUAAGGGCAAAUCCACUGGAACUGAUACGGGAGAAUGUGAGGAAUAGGCUUGAGCUUAUUGAUGAGGAACAGGAUGUCAAUAGCACAGGCACAAAGACCAAAAAUAAGUGGAGCCUCAUGAAACUGAAAAGCUUUCGUACAGCAGAGGAACCAUCAUUCAUAGAACAGACAAACUCGCCACAUGUUUCUGCACUGUGUCAGCAGCCAGCCUCUCGAGCCACAAUAGCAGCAGAGGUGCUAAAAGCAUCUUCAGACUGGCUGUCUCCUGAGCUCAGGAUAUGCUGCUCCUCCUUUGACAAGGAUAAGCUGGAGAAGCAUCCCUUGGCACCGAGAGCAUCCCAGUGUCUAGUCAAGCGGGAGAGCUCCUCACCUUUACAACUCCAAAAGCAAGACCAGGAGCCAGAGGCGAGCACGGAUUCUGAUGGAGAAGAUGGAGAUUCAAGAUCUGCCAAGGGGCAAGUGCUCAGGGGAGUGUUAAUAGAAGGAGACAGACUGGAAGGUGAAGAUACUGUACAGCUUGCCAUAAACAAGCUAAGCCAGAAGGUGGGUGAAGCUGUCAAAAUUACUGUCCACCAUGAGGAAGAGCGACCACGGGAGGACUCUACAGGAAAGACAUCCCUGAAGUCGGCCACCCCUAAACUGGCCUGGGAUAUGCGUGGCUGUGAGGCCAGAGAGACAGCUGCUGCACUGGCCGCUGUAACCCUGCAGACCUAUCCCAGACAGAAGGAAGGCGGCCUUAGAAACAUCUCUCUGUCUCCCUCUUUCUCUCAGGUCCUGGAACACAGUGGCCAGUCAGUUACUAAAUCACCCUUAAUGAAAAAUAAAUUAGACUAUGAAAGUAACAAGUUCGAAAUAGAAGAAUCCCUUCAUAAAAGCAAGGAGAAAUCUUCUAAAACUACAGAAAGUGGAAAGAGAAGAGGUAAAUGCCCAGAAGUAUGUAUGGGUGGGAAGCAAGAAGGCUGUGAAGUCAAGAGCCAGUUGCAAAAAACUCUGAUACCAAAAGGCAUGGCCUGGCAGUUAGAUAGCAGACACAUGUCGAAAUCCAGUGACUCCAAAAGGCUUUCAGAAUCCACAGAAAGGAGUCGCACGAGUGAAUUUAACAGUUGGAGUGAUUCUACCCUUGGCGACACUCACAAGAAAAGUAAAGGCACACCGGACCUGACCCAGAAGCCCCUGCACAGCAACUGCGAGGCCCCGGUGCGAACAGUGGGAACCGCCAGUGCAGCGCCGCCUGGUGGCAGGACAGCAAGCGCUUUGGCGGGUGAAGCGCCUCAGGACAGGCUGUCCGACAGUGAGUUCCAAAUACUAGAGGAAGAAAUCCUGGCCUGGGAGAAAGUACACCUUGAAAACGAGAGUGUCUCUGAGAAUCUGCCAAACAAGUGUGAGGGGAUCUCUUCUGAUGCCACAGGUCAAAGGGGGAACUAUCUAGAAAAUGAGCACACAGGAGCAGAAUCAGACUCUGAGGAGACAACCCAGUCAGAACAAAAGACUCUUGAUGGCAGUGAAAAUACCCAGCUGCAACAUAAAGUCCUCUCAAAGACAUGCCCCCAAACACAAAACACAUCUGCAGAUCCAGCCAGGCCAACCCACCCUCAGUAUCAGAAGGAAAGCACACAAAGCCAUCCUCCCCCUUUGCAUCUGGAGAAAAUGUCUGAAGAGCCCGAAAUAAACAAGAAAUCUGAUGGAGAAUGUGCGUCUGUCUAUCCGGAAGUUCCUGCAGUGAAAGCUCAUGAGAAAGUGUCCAUCACUCGAGACAUAACAGGGAAUAAUGGAAAACCAGACAAACACAGCUGUGAGUUACAGCACACAGCUAGGGAUGUGCUUGAAAACAUCUGUCCUGAGGGAGAACCACUUCCUGGUAGCUAUAGGGGAAGAAAUCAGUUCCAGGUUGAAGAAAUGAGCAAGAAGCGGCCGAGUCCGGAAUUGAAAGUCUCAGAGUGUCCUGUGGUCACUGACUGUAAUGACAGUGGGUUGAUUGUCAGAAGGAAAGGCGGAAGGACCGAGAAGCUGCUUGCUACUGAAGAGAAGGAUGAGCUUGCUAAGAGUGUUUCUGGCUCGUGUAUGAAAGAAAUAAAGAAACCUGGAAGGGAAGCACCCGCCCCCAGACAACCCGUGAUCACACCAGUAUUUGAGAAGUCCCUUCCAGAAGCUGCUGGCCUGCUGCUGGUGAAGGAAGGCCACCAUCUGAGUGAAAUGGGUCGGGAUGAAGGAAGGCUGUCAAAGAGACAAGCUAAAGAAAAGCACAAGGUACUGAAAGCAGACCAGGGGAACCUGGACUGCAGGCUGAGUGACAUCACACUGGGAGGAGCUACAGCUAUCACAGCUGCCAUGAGCAUCACCAUAACCCUGAGCAGUGAGGAUGUGAACCUGCAGCCUCCCAGUGCCCAUUGCCAGUACUGCCCACCCCAAGCCUGCACCAUGGGUGUCUGUAGUGAGUCGGGCCUCAUCCCAGUGUCCGCAUCUGGUCACCCUAGGGUGUCCACCUACAGCAUCCCAGCCCACUGCACAGGGAUGAGCAUGGAGGGGUGCUACAAACCAGGUGAGUCCAUCUGCUCAGUGAGCGCAGGAAGAAGCAGGAGACAGGGCGCUGUGAACAGGAGGCCUCCACAGCAUCUGGGUCCUGUUCAUGCAUCCCUCAGUCCUGAGUCACAGAACACUGAAGUGUCCGUAUUCUGGGCCCUCGGGCGAUGCCCUCUCUACCAUUCUAGACAGAGAACCACUUCAAAUCCCAGCCGAAGAGCUCUGUGGACUCCCGCUGUCUGCGCCCGACGUGAAAGGCAUCGGCAGCCAGUUGAGCAGGGGCAAUACAGUCUUACUGUCAAGCCAAGAGUAUUGGCAAUAGAGUGCAAUGUACCCCCACUGGUCAACAACUCAAAAAGAGAUUCUAGCAGCCUGCUGAAACUCUGGGAUAUGAUUCAUUCGUAUGAAAGGCUGAUGGCGCUUAAGAACAGCCACUGCGAACUGCUCACAAGAAAACUCACAGAGAACAUGGAAAACAGGGCUGGCGGAGAGCAGAGAGAACAGGCGGAAGUUAAAUCCUGGUUACAGCACAGAGGAGGAGAAUGGGAAGACCUCCGCACUUUGAGGUUCCCCUUAAAACCAGGUGAGAAGCAAGAACAGGCUGAGUCUAUGUUUCAACAAAACAAGAUGCAGUUGAGCAGAAGAGAGGAGCAAUGCGGUAAAAAUGUGGAACAGACUCAACACCGAGAAAUCGGAAAAAUAAUUGCAGAUGCAAAGGCCAUAGAAAAUGAUUUGAGACAGCUCUACAAGCUGAGAGAAACUUGGGAAACUACCUAUUACAAGUAUCUCCACACGGUUGUAAAGCUUCAGUUCAUGGAGCAGGAGCUAGCAGUGAUAAAAACAGAACAAAAGAAGUGUGGACGCCUCCUCGAGAGCCACAGGAACUUAGAAGAAGACGUUCUUCACUGCAGAGGCUGGGUGCGGGAGCACGCGAUCCAAGCAAGAAAUCAAAACAAAACUAAGGAUUUAAGAGAUGCGGAUGAAGUGGUCAUGAUAGAUGAGAUGGAACUCAGAAUUAAGAGCCUGGAAUCUCAGCUGGCCACGAGGGGAGCUCAGCACAGCCUCUGGGAAGGAGCGCUACCCUCUGAGCACCACUGUGCAGGAAAGCGUGGCGUGACACAGCCCCUGCUAAGAGAGCUGGGUGAGCAAGCCAGCCGCAGUCUGAGGAAAUAG